UGAUUCAUGAAACCACAUUCCAUAAAUGGUAGGACAAGGUGAAAGACGUGUAAAUAGUCUGGCAUUUAGUAGAACAAACAUUAAACCAUAGACUAGUCACCUAGUGUUUGGUUAAUAAAAAGACCAGAGCAUAAGCGGUUAAAAUAAGUAAACGUUUACUUACAAUAUGUGAAGUGAAGUGAGAGUUCAAACAAAGAGAUUGAGGGAAAAAUCAAUGGGUCUUAAGUUGGAGAUUUAAGAGGAGAGUGUGUGCAAGAGUUGUACUAAAUAUAUUGUGGUAUGAAUGGUUUAGUUUGAAACCAAUAAGACGUGGCGUUGGAUGGAGGAAUAUUAAUAUAGAAAAACACGCAAGAUAUUUUAAAAGAAUUAAAAGAAAAAAAGUCUAAAUCUGUACGAUAUUAAAAGCAAAUUAAUUAACAAAAUUUUAAAUAAACAAGUUGAAAUCACAAGAAAAUAUAAAUAUUUAUUAGAAAAAGUAAUAGAUUUAAAAUAGUGAAAGUGUUAAAGAAAUUUUGUAAGAUAUUUUUAAAUAUAAACCCACACAAACACCUUCAAAAAAUAUGAGAAAAUUAAAAUGUUGCUUAAUUUUCAACUAAAUGAUUACAAAAUCAAUUUUGUUUAAAUUAAAUUAAAAGUAAUUAUAUUAAACUAAUACAAAAAACAACAACAAUAUGUCCACAAACUCCAAUAAUAUUUUACAAAGACGUAAACCGUCUAAAAACAAAUCAAAACAUGUUAAUGACAAAGAUCUGUUAUUAAACUCUGCGACUGAAACCUCAAUAAUAACAACAACAACAACGGCACAGUCGGAUAAAAACGAAAGACUUCAAUCGGGCAGAGAAAGCAACAAACUUGAGAAAGAAAGAAAAAACUUUAAUACAGCCAACAACAACUGCACACCAGCAGCGGCGUCUACAGCAACAACAACAUUUACCACUACCAUACACAACUUAUGCAAUGGUAAUAUUACACCCAUAGUAAACUGUUGUCGUGAUAUAAACUGUUGCUUAAAUGCCACCUCCACCACCACCAGCACAAAUGCUUUAGCCACUUGCCAGCCGCUGUUAAGAGAUUCUGCCGGCACAAUAUCAAAAGAAUCCAGCCUAAGACGUUCUUUAUCCAGUUCUCCUAACUCCUAUAUAACUAAUAACAGUGAAACCCAACCCCCCACCAUAAGACCAGAAAAGCAAGUUUCCACUUCUUCUCUGCAGCCGGAUAAAUUUGUUUUACAAAUCCACUUAGAUCUAUUUGCUUGGACCCUAUUUAUUUUAGGCUUUCUUACCCGUUUCUACAAACUCUCCUAUCCUCGUAAUGUGGUCUUUGAUGAGCUGCACUAUGGCAAAUUUAUCAGCCACUAUAUAAAAAAUAUAUUCUUUUUUGAUCAACAUCCGCCCCUGGGCAAACAAAUUAUUGGUUCCGUGGCUCAAUUUAUAGGUUUCAAUGGCAACUUUUCCGUCUCCCGUAUAGGAUCGGAAUAUGAUGCCAAUAUACCCAUAUUUUGGUUACGUUUUGUGCCCGCCUUAUGCGGCAGUCUAUUGCCCAGUACUGUUUAUCAUCUGCUUUUGGAAACGGGCCUAACGAAAUGGUGCUCUUUACUGGGUGGACUUUUGAUAGUCUUCGAUAAUGCCUUACUCACGCAAUCGCGUUUUGUUUUAAUGGAAUCUAUGUUAUUGUUAUUCUGCUCGAUUGGUUUGUACUUUUUGUUGAAAUUUCAAAAAUCACAAUUUCCUCAAAUAAGUUGGUUGUUGUAUGGAGUGGCUGCCUCUUGCCUGCUGACCUGUGCUAUGUGUGUGAAAUAUGUGGGAUUUUUAACGUUUUGUUUAGCUGGUUAUUUGAUUUUGCGCUACUUUUGGAAUUUGAUAUAUGAUGCCACGAAAUCGACAUUCCAUCUAAUCCUGCAAUCUGCCGUACAAUUUUGUAUCUUUACCAUCAUACCGAUUUGCAUCUAUCUGGGCAUCUUCUAUAUACACCUAAACACCCUCUAUCGUGCUGGACCACAUGAUAGUGUUAUGACUAGUGCCUUUCAGGCUUCGCUAGAAGGUGGUUUAGCUUCAAUAACUAAAGGUCAACCCAUACAAGUGGCUCAUGGUUCACAAAUUACCCUGCGUCAUACAUAUGGUCGUACCUGUUGGUUACAUUCACAUGCUCACGUUUAUCCCGUACGUUAUCCGGAUAAACGAGGUUCUUCGCAUCAACAACAGGUGACAUGUUAUUCCUUUAAAGAUGUCAACAAUUGGUGGAUUGUAAAGAGGCCAGAGCGUGAUGAUUUGGUAGUAGGUGAUGAACCGGAUGCUAUACGUCAUGGUGAUGUAAUACAACUGGUGCAUGGCAUAACAAGUCGAGCAUUAAAUUCUCAUGAUGUAGCGGCGCCCAUGACACCACAGUGUCAAGAAGUUUCCUGUUAUAUAGACUAUGAAAUCAAUAUGGAAGGAGAGAUUUUAUGGAGAGUGGAUAUACUCAAUAAAGAUACGGAGGGACCUAUUUGGCAUGCUAUUAAAUCAGAAGUACGUUUAAUACAUGUUUCAACGGGUGCAGCUAUGAGAUAUACUGGACGCCAGCUGCCUGAUUGGGGUUUUAAUCAACAUGAAGUGGCUGCCGAUCGUGUUAUAGAUAAUAAAGAUGCCAUUUGGAAUGUUGAAGAGCAUCGCUAUACGAAAGCCCAUGACGAAAAAGAACGAGAAAAACAACUAUUAGCCGCUGAGAUGUUACCCACUAAACCGACAACUCUCACCUUUUUCGAUAAGUUCUUUGAGCUACAAUCGAAAAUGCUUUGGCAUGGUCCCCAAAUACAAGCUCAUAUGUAUAGUUCAGAGCCACUAGAAUGGCCGCUACUCUCUAAGGGUAUAGCCUAUUGGUUGGAUACCAAAUCAAAUGGACAAAUACAUUUGCUGGGCAACAUACUCAUUUGGUAUACCAGCACUUUAGGUGUUUUAGUCUAUAUGAUUUUGUUUGUAUUUUAUCUUUUGCGUCGUCGUCGUUUAUGUUACGACAUCGAGGAGUCAGAAUGGCAAAAAUUCUUAUCUGUGGGUCAUAUAUUCUUCGCUGGCUAUCUAAUACAUUAUCUACCCUAUUUCUUUAUGGAACGUACCCUCUUUCUACAUCAUUAUUUUCCGGCAUUUUUAUUUAAACUACAAUUGCUUUGUUAUGUUAUCGAACAUAUCGACUAUUUGUUGAGACGUUAUUGUGGUUCGGCCCUAUGGAUGGUGCGUUCAUAUCGUUUGGCAGUUAUUAGCUGGUUUGUGGCUGUCAUCUCGGUUUAUAUACGUUUCUUGCCGCUGAGCUAUGGUUUAGAGAAGUUAACGGCCGAAGAAGUUAUUAAGUUGCGGUGGAAAGAUACUUGGGAUUUUGUCAUACAACGGGACAUAGCAGUGCAUUGAUUGUUUGAUUUAAGUUAAAGUAAAUUAUGUAUAGAUUGGACUAGAAAGAAAUAUAUUCCAUGUACUAUAGUUGUAUUUAAUAUUUGUUAAAUUACAUUUAAGUUUAUGCAAACAUUUAUACACAAAUACAUAUACAUAUAAUAACAUAAUUAAGAAAAUAAAUAAAUGAAAAUUAUUUAU